AAAAUGCAAGAUGGUGCCUUCCCUUAUUAUCCAACUGCAUAAUUGUAACCAAUUAAAUGGGUUUUGAUUGGACAACUGGAUGAAAGAUAGAUCUGGCAGGGUAGAGAAACAUUUACUGAGCCUUCUACCAAUCAGUUCUCAUCUUGGUGCACUCAGGGACAUACCAGUGAACAGGAUACAACUAAAGAAUUAAAUCAAUUUCUCUCAAACAAAAAGCACUUCAUAUUUGAAAUUCAUUCAAUAUAAAAUAUAAAGAGACCAGGAUUUAUUUAUUUUUUUUCCCCUUCAAAAACCGUCUGGGAACUGCUAAAGGAAAUGGCAGCAGAAGCAACCGACAUAUCCAACGCAAGUGAGCUGGAAGGGAAUACAAUUACCGAAUUCCACUCACAAGUGGUUCAAACCAUAGGUAGAAUGGGGGAUGCAAUCAAGGCGAUUCAACCUGAAAAUGUAGAAGUGGAUAAAAACACAACCCUUUCUGAUGCUGAUACAACUACACCUGCAACUGAUGAGAAUGUUAUUGCACCUAUUUCUGAUGCUGAAGUUAGUGAACCUGCAAUGUUUUCUGAUUCACCAGAGUCUGAUUCUAAUAUAAGUACUUCUGCACCUGAUACCGAUCUUACUGAACCUGAGUCUAAUGCUGAAGUAAGUGAACAUAUAUCUGAUGACCCUAAAUCUGAUGCAAGUCCACGUGACGCUGAAGCUGAUGUUACAGAACCUGCCACUGAUGUUGAAACGAAUCAAUCUUAUGCUCAGGUAAGCAAACCUGAAGCUGAAGUUACUGAGCCUGUUUCUGAUGUUGACCUAUUUCCAUCUGAACCUAAACCGACAGCUGGUUCUGAUGCUGAUGUUGCUGCACCUGUAUUGGAUCCUGAGGCUAUUGCACCUGUUUGCAAUGCUGAUGUAAAUUCACCGGUUUUGGAUGCUGAAAUAAUUACACCAGCUUCUGAUGCUGGGGUUCUUGCAUCUGUUUCUGUUCCUUCUGAAGCUCAACUGCAGACAGUGGUUGAGGAAAAGAAAGCUCCUGUCGAAAAGCAAGAGGAAACAGCUGCAGUAGUAGAGGACAGUGUAGUGGAGCCCCUGCCUUCAGAAACACAUGAGAAGCAGCAGGAGGAAGAGCAUGUGGAGGAAGCCAUCCCUGAGCCAGUGAAAGGGGUGAGCCAGGUUAACGGGGAUGAGGAGGCAAUGGCUGCAGAGGAACCUCCAGAGGCCGAUAGCGCUGGCUGGGAGGAGGCCACAGAAGAACGAACGGAGGACCUCUGUCAGGAGGAACUUUUGGAGGGGAGUCAAGAUUACAAUGACGAGGUGGUCUCUUGGGAUGGAACAAAGCAUGAAAAUGGCUCUCAGGAUUCUCAGUCUACUAGUCCGAUCCCUGGUUCCCAGUCUUCUGGAGAAAUAUCAGGGGGAGGGAAGAAGCCAGACAUCAACAAACAUAGCUCUUCGAAGUACAACACAGUGUCCUAUCGCAAAAUCAGAAGAGGAAACACCAAGCAAAGAAUUGAUGAGUUUGAGUCAUUGAUGCAUGCAUGAACUAACACAUAAUCUGCUUUAGGUCUUCUGGUUAUCUUAUCAGCUGCUGUUAGCUGGGAUAUGCAAACUUGAUAAAGCAUGCUACUACUCAUGCUGUAUGUUAUAAUGUUGAAUUACUCAUCUUUUUUUAUUGCAUUCCUGUUUUUUAUGAAUAAAACAUAUUAUAGUUUGAUAUUCAUGAACCUGUUUUUGAAUGUUGUAAAACACAAGUGAUAAAUCAUGUUAACAUUUGUGAAUGGGACCCAUUGUAACAAAAACCUACGAGACUGUUGUGGAAACUGGGAAUAUCAUCUGGUAUGGGAGGCAUCAGUUGCCUUGUGGUAGUAUAGUAGCUAUAUUUGUUUAGCAAAGGGAGGUGAAAAUAAACAUUUAUGCAACGUUGAUUCCAUAAAGUUUUCCAUUUGUAUUCAUUGACAACAGUAAAACUGGUAUAUCAUAUCACCUGUGCCUCAUUGAGUAAUAUCCCUGUUUUAACAAAGGGGCAGCUGAGUAGAUGAAUGGCCUUCAUAUCCAGACUACUUUUACUUAGAAAGGUUCAUUCUAGGUAGGUUAACAACACUGCAAGUUUCCUAUUCACAUGCAUAUAAUAAAACAAAUGAGGAAUGUAUUAUGAUAUAGCUUUUAUGUCUGGUUUACAGCACAGUAAAAUUAAUAAUGUAAUAGAAUUUGGUAAGCAGAAGCUUUUGAAGUUUGAUUUGUUUUGAACUGCAAGAAUAGUAUGAUCUCAAUAUAUGUAUACCAAUACGUGCUGUGACUUAUCUAGCUAACGUAGAGUGCUGAAUUUUGCUACUGGCACUGAACAAACCAUGGAGGAGAUAAAGAUGUCCUUUUUAAUGACAAGAAGAUUAAGUUAUUUUUUUGUGACUAAUAAUCUUCACUGUACUUUAAGUCAAGGGAGAUUAUGAGAAAUAAAGCUAAUUUUAUUUCA